AAAAACCAAAUACUUUAUAUGGAAAAGUACUCUGUGGUCAAUUCUUAUUGAAAAAAAAAAAGUUCUGACUGAAGUUUUCAUUUGUAAAUAAUAAAUAUUGUGGAAAUAUGCAUGUGUAAAACUUAAUUUUUCUCAUGUUUUCAAUUUUCAUCGUUAGUUUGAAGCGUGAAACAUUGUUUUAACUGUUAUUUUUAAUACAUAAACCAUGACGACUACAACCAAAGCAGCUGUUUCCCAAAUAUUGCGUCACAAAGACGAUUUAGGUGAUGAAGAUGAUGAACCCAAGAAAAAAUCAAGAGAAGAUUGGCGUAAAGCUAAAGAAUUAGAGGAAGCACGAAAAGCUGGUACUGCACCAGCUGCUGUUGACGAGACUGGUAAAGAUAUAAACCCUCAUAUACCCCAGUACAUUUCCUCGGCACCAUGGUAUUAUGGUACAUCCGGCCCUACAUUGAAACAUCAGAGACCACAGGCAGAUCGGGAAGGGGAUUUUACAAAACUCGAUACCUAUUAUAAUAAAGGUGUUGAUACUACUAAAGUAGUUACAAAGUAUAGGAAAGGUGCUUGUGAGAACUGUGGGGCAAUAACACACAAGAAAAAAGAUUGUCUUGAGAGACCACGAAAGAUAGGUGCGAAAUUCAGUAAUGCUGGUAUAGCCCCUGAUGAAUUUAACCAACCAAAUUUAAAUCUUAGUUAUGAUGGUAAACGCGACCGUUGGAACGGCUAUGAUCCUUCAGAGCACAAGGCCAUCAUUGAAGAGUAUCAAAAAGUUGAAGAUGCCAAGAGGGAAAUGAGAGCUAAGAAAUUGGAGGAAGAUCCAACAGCUACCGAGGAAGAUGAUAAUGAAGGGGAAGAUGAAGACAAAUAUGUUGAUGAAGUGGACAUGCCUGGAACAAAAGUCGACUCAAAACAACGUAUCACAGUACGCAACCUGCGUAUUCGCGAAGACACUGCUAAAUACCUGCGCAAUUUGGACAUCAACUCUGCCUACUAUGAUCCUAAAACUCGAGCCAUGAGAGACAACCCUAACCCAGAGGCCACAGAAUCAGACUAUGCUGGUGAGAACUUCGUCCGUUUCACCGGUGACACAAGAAACCACGCCGCUGCACAAAUGUUCGCGUGGGAGGCGCAGGCGAAGGGGCUGGAUGUCCAUCUCUUGGCCGAACCGACGAAGCUGCAACUGCUGCAGAACCAGUACCAACAGCAAAAGGAGCAGCUUAAGACGCAGGUGAAACAAUCUGUGCUAGACAAGUAUGGUGGGGAAGAACACUUGAAGGUCCCACCCCGGGAGCUGCUACUGGCGCAGACUGAGGUGUUCACGCAGUACAACAGAGACGGAACUCUGGUCACACCCGCAGAGAAACAUUGGAUUAAAAGCAAAUAUGAAGAGGAUGUGCUCAUAAACAACCACACGAGCGUGUGGGGCUCCUACUGGAAGGACGGGCAGUGGGGAUACAAGUGUUGUCAUUCUUUUAUAAAGAUGUCGUAUUGCGUGGGCGAAGCGGGCAAGAAUGUCGUGUUGGACGUACAGGAAACCACACAACAAGUUGAACAUAAAACAAUUUCAGAAAAAUCUCAAAAAUCCACAUCAGAGAGCAGUUCCUCUGAUUCAGAAGUUGAUACUCGCACAAAGACGGAAAGGAGUAAAAAGAAGAAGAAGAACAAAAAGAAGUCUAAGAAAAAGAAGAAGAAAGAGGAAAAGAAGACUGAGGAGGAUAAGUUGAAAAAGGCAUUAGAAAUGGAAGAAAAGCAGCAAAAACAUGCAGAAUACCUCUUAUCUCAGGAUGAAAGAAAGAGAUCUUAUAACAGCAUGUACGAUGUGAAGGCUCCAACUGAAGAAGAACUAGAGGCCUAUAUGAUGAAACGGAAACGAGACGACGAUCCCAUGAAUCAGUUUAUGUGAAGCUUUGGAUGUAAAAUAAUAUUUUGCCACAUAAUAUAUAUGUAAUUAUUUACCCCCUUAUUCAUAAUGGUCCGCUAACUUAAAAUAGCUGCUACAGAGUGUUAUUUUUCAUUCUGACAUAGGUCAAUAGAAGAAGACAAAGUAAGAAUUAGCAAUGCUUUAAGUUAGCAGACUAUUAUGAAUAAGGGGGUUAAUUGAUAAAUGUAAAAUAAAAAUAUUAUCUUAAGCAAAA